AUGCAGCAGCGCGGCGGCGCGCGCAGCGGCGGGCGGACAGCGCCGCGUAGCGCCGCGCUCCGGCACUGCAGGCGGCGGGCGGGGCCGCGGGCGCUGCUGCCCGCGCUGCUGCCCGCGCUCUGCCUGGCGCUGGCGCUGGCCCCGGCCCCGGCCCCGGCCCUGGCCCUGCCGCCCCCCGCCCGGGCGCUGCCGCCGCCCCCCCGCCAGCGCCUCGCCGACGGGCUGAGCCGCUCCCGGCAGCUGCUGGCGGCCGCCAACGCCUCCCUCCACCGGCUGAAGGAGCUGGGCACACUGGGAUUUGAAUGUACCCUUGAAGAGGUUGAUCUUGAAGAUAUCACUGAGAAUCAAAUCAACACGAUAAAAGCUUGCACAUCUGAGGAUCCAGGGACUGGAAACUGCCCAGCACUGGAAAGAUCUACUUUUGAUAUGAGUAAAUGCCUGCAGGGCAUCUUUGAUGAUCUGAAUGCCUACAGGGCAGAGCUGAAGAACUUCAAUGACCAAAAGGUGCUGGCAACUAUUGAUGAAAUGAUGGACGCCCUGAAGACGGGCAGCGGUAGCGUGCCGCAGCCGCCGGCGGGCGCGGGGCUGACCUCCUUCAAGGAGAGGAUGAGGCUCUGCGGCAUCCUUCACGCCUUCCGCAUCCGCACGGUCACCAUCAGCAGGGUGAUGAACUACCUGACCUCUCCGGAGAGCUCGCUGUAA